UGGCAGUGCUAAAAGUGUCAGAGGUGUCAGAGCGUAGAUAAAAAAUUUAGUGUGUGUAGUGCAACUCUGAAUUUCACAAAAAUUGCACAAAAAUCAGAGAUAUCCGCUGAAAAUUGCGUUAAAAUAGGGAUUAAAGUGUAGUUUAAGGAAAAUGCAGACAUAAUUCUGUUGUGUUCAUAGGCAUAUAUGCGAGAUUUAUCUUUUGCACCGUGGUUGUUUGGAGGUGGUUGUUUAUGCAUUGUGUUCUGCCUGUGGAUUUCCUUUGACGCGGAAAAAAGUGCCCAGUCCACAGUGUAGCAUUAAAAAUUGUGUCUUUCUAAUCAUAAUAAGUAAGCUGAGCAGUUGAUUUUCCAUCCGUGAAUGUGGUAAAAGUGCUUGGAGGCCCAAAAAUGCCAUUUAAAUUGAAACUGAAGAAGCGAUCUCGCCAGUACAACGUCACAUCAAAAAAUCUAUUUGUUAUUUCCGUGGAGCACUUGUUAGAUUCUUCCGCUUGUGUUGAUUGCACCCUAGACUCAGAAAGUACGGGAAAGGAAUGCCUGGCGAAUGUCUGUCAGCGAUUAUCCAUAAAUCAGCCAGAAUUUUUUGGGCUGAGAUAUAUCAUGAAAGAGAAUACCACAGAAUCUCGGUGGAUUGACCUGGAGCGUCCGUUGAAUCGUCAACUGGAGAAGUAUGCGGCAUCACAGAGACUUUCUCUGCGUGUCAUGUACUAUGUGGAGUGUGGGGUAUCUCUGAUACGUGAUGAAGUGACACGGUAUUACUAUUUUCUCCAAGUCAAGAGUGAUGUGGUUGAGGGACGGAUUCACUGUGAUCCACAGCAGGCAGUUAUACUGGCCAUCUAUGCACGUCAGGCUGAAUCGGAUAUUCUGCAGAAGGAUAAGCAUACAAUUGACUACCUCAAGACAAUGUUGCCAUUUCCCAAGAGGUUAAUUGAGGAGGGAUUGUCGGAGAAAUUGACUGAAGAGGUUCUGCAGCAAAAUUGUGAACUCAAUAAUUUGACCCAGUCAGCUGCUGAAGAACUCUAUAUAUUGACAUGUCAGCAGUUGGAAGGAUAUGGUCAGGAGAGAUUUCCCGCCAAAGAUGAUUCGGGGCAUGAGGUAUUUCUGGUACUGUAUGUCUGGGGCAUAGCGGUGAGUGGGGCUAAUCAGACGAAAGUCUAUCGAUGGCGAGAUAUCACAAAUGUGGUGAAUCUCAAGAGGAAUUUCAAUAUUGAGUGUACAGUACCGGAGAAUAGUGUGGGCUUUACAAUGCCCGAUGGUGAGAUGGGUCGGUAUUUUUGGCGCCUAUGUGUCCUCCAGCAUCUCUUCUAUGCGUCCAAUGAGAAGAAUAUGGUGGCGGGGGGUAGUCAGAGUGGCGGUGCAGUGAGCAACAUGAAUUUGUUUCAGUCAUCGCGAAGUGAGAGUGUGAUGGACAGUCGGGAGAAUUUGCUAAUUGAGCAGGCGGCCAACAAUUGGCGUGCAUCGGAUCAACAGUUGAGUGGCAAUAAGUGGCAAUCGGCAGAUUUUGUGGUUAACAAUGUUCCAUUGACAACAUCGCAGCAGACAAUUGAUUCCAGCUGGGCAACUUCGACGCAGAUGCCAUCGACACAGAAUAGCAAUUGGGGCUUGGCUCCUUUUGCUGGAUCCAAUGCUUCCCUCAGCAAUCGGGCUCAGAGUUCAUCGUGCCUGGAUCUCACGAAUAACAACACCAACGGACUCAGUGUGACGUCACAGGAGAGGCAGGAUGAAAAAUUGGCUGCUUACAGACAACUUUUGCCAACAUAUCGGCAAGCACCGGACUAUGAGACUGCUAUUCAACAAAAAUAUCGUCCUAGCUCUAGUGAGAUGCGUCUGAAUAAUAGCGUUAUUCAGGUGCCGUCAGGGUUGCUCUCGGAUGGUCAUAUAAAUGCCACUGGACCAAUUUACAGUGGCAGUCAGCCGGAUGUUCAUAGAGCAGCCCUGACGGCCGACAUGAUUUUUGGUGCUCAGUUGCAGCAGCAUUAUCCCGAUGUCACUCAGACCACAAAUCCAAUGUACAGUAGUGGGGGGGCUCACAUGGUGGAUUCCCCGGGGGUCUAUGGGAUGGACAGUAUGACUCAGAGAUUUCGAAUGAUGAAACUCAAUAAACCACCUCCGCCAUAUCCGGCAAAUAGAUUGAGUUCAACCUCAACUCCGGAUCUGGCUGUGGCAUCCCACCGAGCCCUUAUGGGCUACCGAGGUGCUUAUGUGUCUGGGUCGAGUCCUGAUCUUGUAUCAUCUCGGACAUUUUUGACCAAUCCCUACAAUCAGGCCACUUACUUGAAGUCCCAUGCUGCUGUCAUUAAUCCUGGGUACUAUCACAUGGCAAGUGGCGGUGGUACAGUUAGAUUGAGGCAUUCACAGAGUUAUCUGCCACAUGGAACUUAUGAGAAUUUGAACUAUUUGGAGGGUAAUGGAGCAGCAGCAGCAGCUAAGCCACCACCGCCAAUUCCAUCCAAUAAUAUUUACUACUGCCUGCAGCAGCAUGAAAUGGAACAAUUGCUGAAGCAACAAAAUGGCUCAAAUCAAAUAUUGCACAAUGCCCCAUCCAUUGGGCAUCAGAUGAAUGGGGGUGGUUCUGUGGAGCCGAUCUAUGAGAAUGUCCCAUUGCCGUGGCAGAAGGAAGCAACUCCGGUGCGUGAGAGAGCGUCUAGUGUGACGUCUGGAGUCAAACAAGGUGAAUAUCCGCCCACAAUUGAUUCAUUAGUCAUCAAAGACAAAAGUUUCGUGGAUGAAUCUCGCAAAAUGGAUCUGUCACCGCAUCUGCCGCUGAGUAAAACAACAUCAAAUCCCAUUUCAAGUGCCUCAGUGUACACAAAUAGUGCAGUUAAUCAGGUGAAAAAUAGUUCGUCAGAUCUGUCCAAUAGUCACUUCAGGAAGGAUUUACCGGGAAGUGGAAGUGGCAAAAGGGUGAUAGAAAAUACGGAUGAAUCAUCUCCGAAGACUUUUCUCAAUAGAUCACAUUCGACAAAUCUCCUGGAUUCAUCACAGAGUUCCAAUUAUACGGUGGCUACGACGGAUUCGGGAAUAAGUGCAGGGAGCAAGGAGAAGCGCAAGAAACGUUGGGGAAUACUCAGUCGAAGUAAAAAUUCCCUGGAUAAGCAGAAGAGUGCGACACUGGGAAGGGAAAAGAGUAAGAGCAAGAAUACGCUAUCGAAGGAUGAAGAGGACAAUAUAAAGCAUCGAUGGUCAACGGGAUUGCCCCGGCUUCAGCCACUUUCAGCCAAUAUUAGCAAGGAGAAAUUGUGCCAAAUUCUUGAAGACAAAUUGAAUGAUGAGGAGUUGUUUAUAGAAUUUGAGCGAAUUCCAAAACGAAAGGAUAAUGCAAAGUACGAGUGUGCUCUCCAUGAUGAGAAUAAAAUGAAGAAUUUGGAUCCAAAUUUUCUUCCACAUGACGACAAUAGAGUUCGUUUGGUGCCAUCGAUGAACAAUCGAAUGGGUUAUGUGAAUGCAUCUCAUGUUACAGCCACCGUGGGUUCAAAACAGCGCUUCUAUAUUGUGGCUCAAAGCCCAUUCAACACAGUGACAGCAGAUAUUUUUUGGAAGUGCGUGUGGGAAGCCGAUGUCUAUCUUUUGGUUCAACUUUCGGCAGAAAUUCAAUAUGUACCUACAUGUUCGGACAAAUGUCUUGAAUAUGGACAGUAUCAAGUUUGGCGAGAAUUCUCACAAGAAACAGAUCGAUGUAUUACCAGCAAAUUAAGAAUUUAUCAUACUCAGAGCAAAAGAUAUCGCUCAGUGUGGCACAUUUACUACUCAGAAUGGAAUGAACUCAAUACACCCAAAUCCGUAGGACACUUUUUAGACUUCCUGGAAGAGCUCAAUUCAGUGCGAAUGGCGUCUGUGAAUGAGAUUCCUCCUGGCCACAAUACAAAUCCACCUGUUUUAAUUCACUGCUCCGAAGGUGGAGGUCGGUCUGGAGUAACUUUAGCUGCUGAUUUGCUUCUGUUCACCCUCGAUCACAAUCAGGACCUCGAUAUACCACGAGUAGUGGGUCAAAUGAGGCAUCAGAGAGACAAUAUUGUGCCUUCACUUACUCAAUACAAGUUCAUUUACGCUGUACUCAUUCAUUAUUUGAAACGAACGCGACUCAUAUGAUCUUCCAAAGGAAUUUACGAGACUGGGGGCAUUCACGAAUUUAGCGUGUUCUUGGAGAUUUAUUUAUAUUUGUGAUAUUUGUGGAUGACUCCUGGCAGCUGAAAGGUGAGAUGAAUAUUAAUCCUCUCAAAAUCUGUUGUAAAUUGUGUGCCUUAAGAAUUAUAUUGAGAGACUGUUGUUCUCUUGAAAAUUUAACAAA